AUGGCCUCGCAGACCGACGCUGGCGGGAGUCCAACCCAGCGAAAGGAUUCUCGCCCAACACUCGCUGACAAUCCGCACAACCCCAGUUCAGCCGCUUACCUUGCUUACCCGGUGAAACAUGUGGUAUCAAGCCUCUAUCGUCGAAUGACCGAGCCCCCCGAGCGCCCUGUGAGCAAACUCCUCGAUGCUCCCGCCGUCACGUCCGCGACCUCGAGUGUCCAAUCUCUUCCGAAAAGAACGCAUUCACCAUUUCAGCCACCCCCUCUUACACCACUCGAACUAAGACACUUCUUGCCCCCGAAAGCCGCAGAGUCACUCCUGCUCACUCGAGCUCUUGCUGAAGAGAUUCGACUUCUCCUUCCUCCCAGGCUGCAGCUGUUAGAUCAUUGGAAAUUGGCAUACUCGCUGGAAGCAGAUGGAUCCUCACUGGCAACAUUAUACGAGCAUUGUGCUAAGGUCUCCACGCACACGCAGCGUUCGGGAUACGUCUUAGUCGUUCGCGACGCUUCUGACGCCGCUGCCAAUGGCUCUGUCUUCGGAGCGUAUCUCUCAGAUGCACCCAAACCUUCUAUGCAUUAUUUUGGCACCGGCGAAUGUUUUCUAUGGCGAGCCACUAUCCUGCCUACUCUGAAAGAUUUGCCCUCCGCAUCGGACGCACGCCCAGAAGAGGUCUUACAGUUGGCGGGGUUACCCCCUCCUCCCAGCGCCGACACUACCAACCUCCAGCGAGCAACAACCGUCCGUGGCGAGCGGCGGACAUCCUCUGUGUCGAGCUCUGUGGCGGACACAAGCCUCCGACAAGCUUCAGGAUCCCGAUCACACUCCCAGCCAGCGCUAAACCAAACGGGCACCUCGACACCGGAGCACAUCCGGUUCAAGGCCUUCCCUUAUAGCGGAGUCAAUGAUUUUCUGAUUUACUGUGAAAGCAACUAUCUUUCCAUUGGGGGCGGUGAUGGCCACUACGGGCUCUGGUUGGACGACCAGCUCAAUAAUGGCGUCAGCGAGACCUGCCCGACUUUUGGAAACGAACCAUUAAGUGAUGAAGGUAGGACGUUUGAAGUCCUUGGCGUCGAAGUUUGGUAUAUCGGCGCCUGA